AUGGUAUUUGCUGUGAAGAAGAUCAAUGAAGACGUCCAACUCUUACCUAAUAUCACCUUAGGCUUCAGAAUCUAUGAUAAGAGUGCUGAGUAUCAUGCCAAAAUGGAACUUUUAUCUAGCCAGAACAGAUUUGUUCCCAAUUACAAGUGUGGCACCCUGAACAAACUCAUAUCAGUUGUUGGGACUGUUGAUCCAGGAAUCGGUAGUGAUAUGGCAGAUAUAUUAGAGGCUUACAAAAUUCCACAGUUUCCAACUGACUGUUUCCAAUAUGAAAGCCAUUUCUACUACCCCAUGGUUCCAGGUGAACAAUUUUACUACAGAGGGAUUAUUAAACUAUUUUUGUACUUCAGGUGGACAUGGGUUGGAAUACUUGGAGCAAAAUUUGACCAGUUAAUCAUUUCAGAAUUUCCUCUCCAUGGUAUCUGCAUUGCCUUCUUAGAAAAAUUCAGACCAGUUUACAUAGACAAUUUUUUCGAUAAUCUGAAAUGGCUUGUUGAAAUGUUUCACCUUCUUGUUAAAAGCAAAGCCAAUGCUAUAAUACUCAAUGAGAAUAACCUUUUAAAUGUAAGGUGGUUGUUACGUCUACCUGAAAUGGAAAUAGUUUCUGUAAAGCCAAAAGGUAAAGUGUGGAUCGUGGCUUCCCAAAUGGGUCUUGCAUCAUUCUUUUACCAAAAAAGCUGGGAUAUCCAAGUCCUACAUGGUGCUCUGACCUUUGCAGCUCACUCAAGUGAAAUAACAGGAUUCCAACAUUUUCUCCAGACAAGAAACCAUUUCUCCUCAAAAGGGGAUGGUUUUGUCAAAAAUGUGUGGGAACAAGCAUUUGGCUGUGCGGUCCCAAAUCCAUCUGAGAAUGAGGAAACAGAGGGUCUCUGUACAGGGAAGGAGAAACUGGAGAGCCUUCCUGGGGCUUUCUUUGAGAUGAAAAUGACCAGUCAUAGUUACAGUAUAUACAACGCAGUGUAUGCUGUGGCACAUGCUUUUCAUGCCAUGAUGUGUGGUCAACAACACAGGCGAAAGCUGAAAGGCAGAAAACUCAAUCUUCAGGAUCUUCAGCCAUGGCAGCUUCAUUUCUUUUUGAAAAGAAUCUCAUUUAACAACAGUGUUGGUGAUGAAAUUUCCUUUGAUGAGAAUAAAGAAUUGAUUACAGAACUGGAUUUGGAGAACUGGGUCAUUUUCCCCAACCAGUCUUUGCAUCGAGUGAAAGUUGGGAAGCUGGAUCCCUGGGCUGCUGAAGACCAAAAGUUCACCAUUCAUGAAGAAGAUAUCACCUGGCCAAGCAUUUUUAACCAGACAUUACCUAUUUCAGUGUGUACUGAGAGCUGCCAUCCUGGUUAUUUCAGGAAAAAACAGGAGGCAAAGCCAUUUUGCUGCUAUGAUUGCCUUCAGUGUUCCAAAGAGAAAAUGUCAAGUCAGAAAGACAUGGAUGACUGUCUGAAAUGCCCAGAAGACCAAUAUCCAAAUAAGAACCAAACUUCAUGUAUUCCAAAGAAAAUAUGUUUCUUGUCCUUUGAAGAACCAAUGGGAAUAGGUUUAGCUAUUAUGGUACUUUUCUUUUCUCUUUGCACAAUUGUGGUGUUCACAACAUUUUUGAAGUAUCACCAUACUCCCAUCGUCAAAGCUAAUAACCGAAAUCUCACCUACAUUCUACUCAUCUCCCUCCUCCUCUGCUUCCUUUGCUCACUGCAAUUCCUUGUUGUACCAGGCAAUAUUAUAUGUGUCCUCCGACAAAUUAGCUUUGGCAUCAUCUUCUCAGUGGCUGUAUCUUCUGUGCUGGCAAAAACCAUCACUGUGGUUUUGGCUUUCAUGGCCACUAAGCCAGGAUCCAGAAUGAGGAAUUGGGUGGGAAGAAGAGUGGCAUUAUCCAUUGUCCUCUCUGGUUCCCUACUUCAAGCAGGCAUCUGUACAGUGUGGCUCUUCACAUUCCCCCCUUUUCCUGACAUGGACACCCAUUCAGAAAUGGAGCAAAUUAUACUAAUGUGUAAUGAAGGCUCAUCUACCAUGUUCUAUUGUGUCCUGGGCUACAUGGGUUUUCUGGCAGCUGCCAGUUUCACAGUAGCUUUUUUCUCUAGGAAUCUCCCCAGCAGUUUCAAUGAAGCCAAAUGCCUCACGUUUAGCAUGCUGAUCUUCUGCUCUGUGUGGCUCUCUUUUGUCCCAUCCUAUCUGAGCACUAAAGGCAAAUACAUGGUGGCUGUGGAGAUUUUCUCUAUUUUGGCGUCUAGUGCUGGAUUGUUGAUUUGCAUAUAUUUCCCCAAAUGCUAUAUAAUUAUUUUUAAACCAGAACUAAAUAGCAGGGAACAAUUAAUAAAAAGAAAAUAUUAA